CUCUUUACUCAUCUCAGAAAUGAAUGUUCAAUCUCUCUUUAGUGUCCAAGGCAAGGUCGUGCUUGUCACUGGUGGUUCUCGCGGUAUUGGCGAAAUGAUUGCAACCGGUUUUGUUCAAGGUGGUGCUAUUGUCUACAUCAGUAGUCGUUCAGCCAAAGCCUGUGACGAAGUUGCUGCUAAAUUAAAUGCAUUGGGUCCUGGUAAAUGUAUUGCUGUGCCUGCUGAUUUACAAAGCGUAGAUGAUAUCAAGAAACUCGUUGCUGAAUUGACCAAGCGUGAAACUCAUUUGGAUGUGCUUGUCAAUAAUGCGGGCGCUACUUGGGGUGCUCCUUUAGAUACUUACCCCGAUGAAGCAUUCCAAAAGGUCAUGAAUUUAAACGUCACUCGUAUCUUCACCUUGACCCAAGCAUGUCUUCCUCUUUUGAGAGCCAAUGCUACUAAAGAUAUCCCCUCUCGUGUGAUCAAUAUUGGCUCGAUUAACGGCGAAACGCCUCCUGGUUUAGAGACAUAUGCUUAUUCUGCAUCCAAGGCAGCAGUUCAUCACUUGACUCGUCACUUGGCUGGUAAAAUGGGCCAACAACAUAUUCUGGUCAAUGCGAUUGCACCUGGUUCGUUCCCUAGCAAGAUGAUGGCAGCUACUUUAAAAAGCCAUGGCGACUCCAUUAUUAGUGGUGUUCCCGUAGGUCGUGUGGGCACACCCGAAGAUAUUGCAGGUACUUGUAUUUACCUCGCUUCUCGUGCUGGACAAUAUACUGUGGGUGCUGUCAUUGUAGUAGACGGUGGAGCUCUUCAAAGCAGUUCUCGCUUAUAAUAAGUAAAUAAAUAAAUAAAAUAUGGGCGCAGUACAAAAUUUAAAAAUAAAA